GAGGCUGGUGCCACCACUGGUUGGAAGAGUGUUCUGGGAUCUUUGUCUCCUCAGGUUUCUGAGCAUCAUGCCUUGUCUCAAGCAGCCUACGCACUUCCAGAGUCUGAUACUUCUACAAUGGCCCUUGAGCUACCUUGCCAUGUUUUGGAUCUUGCAGCCAUUGCUCAUUUACUUGCUGUUUACAUCCUUGUGGCCACUACCAGUGCUUUACUUUAUCUGGUUUUUCCUGGACUGGAAGACCCCAGAGCAAGGUGGAAGGCAUUCAGCCUGGGUAAGGAAUUGGUGUGCCUGGACCCACCUCAAGAACUAUUUUCCCAUUACGAUCCUGAAGACUAAAGACCUGUCACCGAAGCACAACUAUCUCAUGGGGGUUCACCCCCAUGGCAUCUUGACCUUUGGAGCCUUCUGCAACUUCUGCACUGAAGCCACAGGCUUCUCAAAGAUCUUCCCAGGCAUCACUCCCCACUUGGCCACACUGUCCUGGUUUUUCAAGAUCCCCCUUGUUAGGGAGUACCUCAUGGCCAAAGGUGUGUGCUCUGUGAGCCAGCCAGCUAUCGACUACCUGCUAAGCCACGGCACUGGCAACCUCGUGGGCAUCGUAGUGGGAGGGGUGGGAGAGGCCCUGCAAAGUGUGCCCAACACUACCACCCUCAUCCUCCAGAAGCGCAAAGGGUUUGUGCGCACAGCCCUCCAGCAUGGGGCACAUCUGGUUCCCACCUUCACUUUUGGAGAAACUGAGGUAUAUGAACAGGUGUUAUUCCAUAAGGACAGCUGGAUGUACAAGUUCCAGAGCUGCUUCCGCAGUAUCUUUGGUUUCUAUUUUUGUAUCUUCUAUGGAAGAGGCUUCUGCCAAGGCUCCAAUGGGCUCCUGCCAUACUCACUGCCCAUCAUCACUGUAGUUGGGGAGCCUCUGCCUCUGCCCAAAAUUGAAAAACCAAGCCCGGAAGUGGUGGACAAAUAUCAUGCACUCUAUAUGGAUGCCCUGUGCAAACUGUUUGACCAGCAUAAGACCCAGUAUGGUUGCUCAGCGACCCAAAAGCUGCUUUUCGUGUGACCGAAUGAGCUUGCAUGCCCAAGAGCAUGUUCUUUGGAGAGGAGACUCAUUUGCUGCUAACCAAAAGGGAGAGAAAAGGAGAUAAAGGAAGGCUGUGUAUGGUAGGGGAGGACAUUAGGAAUUCCUUCCUUGCCACAAAGCCCUUGUAGUUGCUGUUCUGAGGAGCUUUACUCAGUCAUUCUGCAAAAGGGGGCAUCCUGAGGCCCCUCUGACCCAACCAUGGGCAUGCUAGGGGCAGACAUGCUUCCUGCCUCCCCCCUUACUGGCUUUCUUCCCUAAGCCCAACCCCCUGGGUCCUGAAGGACUCAAAUGAUAACCAAACAGUUUGAGUAGCUACCACUCAGGUUGUUCUUGUUUUAUCAUAAUGCAUUUUCAAUUGGGAUAUUUUGCAUACUAUAAGUUUAACUUGUUUAAAUUGUAAAAUUCAGUAAUAUUUAGUAUAUUCACAGAGUUGUGCAACCACUAAUUUUCGAACAUUGUUCAGCACCACAAAUAAGAAAGCCAGUACACAUUAGCAGUCACUCCCCAUUCCUUCAUCUCUCCCAGCCACUAGUAAACAUUAGUCUACUUUUUGUCUCUAUGGAUUUUCCAUUUCUGGACAUUUCAUAUAAAUGGAGUAAUGGACUAUGUGGUUUAUUAGGACUGGCUUCUUCCUCUUAGCAUAAUGUUUUCAAGGUUUAUCCAGGUUGUAGCAUGUAUCAGUACUUCAUUCUUUUUGUGGCUGAAUAAUAUUCCAUUGCAUGUAUACACAACAGUUUUUAUCCAUUCACCAGUUGAUGGACUUUUGGAUUGUUUCCACUUUUUGCCUACUAUGCCUACACUGCUAGAAACAUUCAUAUACAGAUUUUUUUUUAAAGAUUUUAUUUAUUUAUUCAUGAUAGUCACA